AUGAACAGAAAUAUUUAUCUCGCAUUUUAUCUUAUCUUUUGCUUGUUUGACUUCCUGGAUGCUGCUUGUUUAUAUAAAAGGGAGCGCAACACUCUCAAAGUGAUUGAUUCAACUAGCACUGGUAGCACAAGUAGUACUAGUAGCACUAGUUUAUAUAACAGGGCACGAAACACUGUCAAAGUUGAUUCCCCUCGCCCAACCACUUAUGUGAUUGAUGUCCCUGCCAAAAGAGAUUAUGCCCCUCGCCCAACCACUAGCAAAGUGAAUGCGCCUGGCAAAAGAGAUAUUGAUUCCCCUACUAUUGAUCUCCCCCCAAUUGACAACACUGUCAAAGUUGAUGUCCCUAGCAAAAGAGAUAUUGAUUCCCCUACUAUUGAUCUCCCCCCAAUUGACAACACUGUCAAAGUUGAUGUCCCUAGCAAAAGAGAUAUUGAUGUCCCUUCUAUUAAUGUCCCCCCAGUCGACAACACUGUCAAAGUUGAUGUCCCUAGCAAAAGAGAUGUUGAUGGCCAUCCCAUAACCACCAUUACUAUUGAUGUCCCCUCAAUCGACUACACUGUCAAAGUGAAUGCCCCAGGCAAAAGAGAUAUUGAUGCCCCUUCUAUUAAUGCCCCCCCAGUCGACAACACUGUCAAAGUUGAUGUCCCUAGCAAAAGAGAUGUUGAUGGCCAUCCCAUAACCACCAUUACUAUUGAUGUCCCCUCAAUCGACUACACUGUCAAAGUGAAUGCCCCAGGCAAAAGAGAUAUUGAUGCCCCUUCUAUUGAUGCCCCCCCAAUCGACAACACUGUCAAAGUGAAUGCCCCUGGCAAAAGAGAUAUUGAUGCCCCUUCUAUUAAUGCCCCCCCAGUCGACAACACUGUCAAAGUUGAUGUCCCUAGCAAAAGAGAUGUUGAUGGCCAUCCCAUAACCACCAUUACUAUUGAUGUCCCCUCAAUCGACUACACUGUCAAAGUGAAUGCCCCUGGCAAAAGAGAUAUUGAUUCCUCUCCCCCAAUCGAUGAUAGCCCUAGUAUGAGAUACGUAGACAACACUGUCAAAGUUGUUGAUGACGAUCCCCCUUGCAAAUGA